AGAAGGAAUGAAAUAUUUGUUUUUUUAACUCUGAAACAUAUUUUGUAUUUGAAUUUGACUAUUUGUUUAACUUUGUGGACAUUAUAUAUUUUUUCUGGUAUUUUUUUAAAUAUUGUUAGGGAAUGUGUAAAAAUAGACUUUCUUCGAUUAACUCCAACGGCCAUCCGUCAGACAUGGAGCAGGAAUCUGAUAGUGAUAUAAGUGAAACCGAUUCUGAAUUGGAGGAAAAUGAGGCAAAUGAUAAAUCUGAACAUGAAAAUAUCGACGAAGAACUUGUGGAAGAAAAUGAGGAAGAUGAAACUAUUAAAGCAAUCAUUAGACAAUGCAAUAAAGAAAGAAAUCAUCCUACUCCCAUAGAAUGCGAAGAUUUUAUAACUGACAUAUCAUUUCAUCCACAUAAUAAUAUACUAGCUAUAUCUAAUAUAAUCGGAGAUGUUUUGUUAUACAAAUACUCUAUUGAAGAAAAUAUAUUAAUUAGUUCAUUAGAAUUGCAUACAAAAGCUUGUAGAGAUAUAGAAUUUAGCUGUGACGGUAAUACAUUAUUUUCUACAUCAAAGGAUAAAUCGGUAAUGAUAAGUGAUGUUAACAGUGGGAAAUUGGAACGUUUCUAUGAAAACUGUCAUGAAGUACCUGUAUAUUGUUUAACUAUUAUUGAUGAAAAUAUGUUUUCUACAGGAGACGAUGACGGGGUAGUAAAAAUUUGGGAUGUAAGAGAAAGAGACGAAAAACCAAUAUACAAAACAAAAAAAAAUGAAGACUAUAUAAGUGAUAUGAUUACAGAUGAAUCAAAGAAGUAUUUAUUAUGUUCUAGUGGAGAUGGAUCUCUAACAACUAUAAAUUUGCAGAAUAGAAAAGUGCAUAUGCAAUCUGAGGAGUAUGAAGAGGAACUUACUUGUUUGGGUUUAUUUCGAAGUGGAACAAAAUUAAUCUCAGGUUCUUCAAAAGGUAAAUUGUUUGUAUAUAAUUGGGAAGAAUUUGGACUACAUAGUGAUGCUUUUCCUGGGCCAAAAACUGCUAUCAAUUCCUUGAUUCCCAUUACAGAAAACAUAGUUGUUACUGCUUGUGAAGAUGGAAACUUAAGAGCAACUCAUUUGUUUCCACACAGACAUCUAGGAAUUGUAGGCCAACAUGAUUUCUCAAUUGAAUGCGUAGACAUUUGUAGUACUGGACAAUUUAUAGCCUCUAGUAGUCACAAUAACGAUAUUAAAUUUUGGAAUAUUGAAUAUUUUGAGGAUUUUGAUAAAGUUAAUCAGAAACAUAAAAAACAUAAGAAAAAAACUGAACUCCAAAAUAAUUUACCAUCGUCAAAAAUUAAAAAUGUAUCAGAUUUUUUUAGUGACAUGUGUUAA